GGACCAGUCUGGCACGAACUUGGGACGUGGAGGUGUUUGCAGCGUACAGCAUGGAACUCGUCAAGCGCAAGUGAUGGUUUUGGCGCCAAACUCUUGGAGUUCCAUAAGCUACAGCUACGGCGCGAGUACUGUGCUGUAUGCUACUGUGGGCGAACGUUCUUCCUUGCUUGCUGUGAAGGGAGGCAGUGGAGUUUCUCCAAGUAGAUAUUCAGCUUCUUGUGCCGGGGGGGCGUUUGUGUUCGAUGAGCUCACUGGAGUUGCUACCUGGGAAGGUCACGAAAUUUUUGCUUUGGAUGUGAAAACCGGUGAUUUGCAAAUGCAGCCAGAGCAAUCGUUGACCAAAACACUGGAUGCGACUGACGUGGAUGCGGUGCGCCGGAAGAUAAAUCUGCAAUGCACCAUUUUUGGUCACUACGAAUGGCUUCCAGCUGGGCAAGGACCCGUGUUGACCCAUUCUUUGCAGUUGGAAUUGAGAGAUCAGACCUGCUGGGCAAAGAAGAGGUUGAGUUUCGCUCACCGUUAUCACAAGGGCUCUAGGUCCAAGAAUGAUUGCCGGUCUUUGUGCCGUGCAGAUGCCACCUGCUCGCACUUUCACCUUCUCAACAAUGAGUGUUACUUUUUCUCGGGUAUUUGCAAGCGCCCUAAUGAUUUCGCUUGCCAGCACAAGGAGCAGUGGGUCUAUGAGCACUAUCCAGGAUGCGGUGAAAGAGGAAGCUGCAUUGACAUCAAGGUGCCAAACUUUCAUUACGUCUCAGGGAAGUAUUGCCCACGCGGCGAAAACGUGGAAGUCGCUGGUCAAGGGCCAGUCUAUUUCAAGCAGGGCCUUACCAAGCAGGAAACAUUCUGGCUACAACGCUAUGACAGUUCUCGCAGUGACAGUGCAUGCGACAGUGGCGACUGGGCUAUUUUGAAGCCUGAUCCUCACAAGGACUAUCAGAACAUGACAAUGGGCUAUGUGGAGCUUCAUGGUUCCAUCGUUGCGUGUUUGAAGUCCUCCAAUUCUGAUUUGCCCAGCGAUGUCUUCAGCAGCACUGAAGUUCACCUCACUGUGAAGAAGCUUUCGGAGACAAGCGCCCGUGCUGUAGUAGCAGCACCUGGUUGUCAGAAACCAAACAUAACCGGCAAGGACAGAACGGAAGCCGAAGAGGAAGAGGAGAUGUCCGUCUUUCCUUUGGUAUUUGAUGACCUCUCGACCGAUCCUGCAGAUGAUCACUGGCUACAUCCAUGUGAAUGUGUCCCUCCGUCGUGGGGUUCGUUGCCUCCAGCAACAGGCGAUAGUGUGGGAGAAAUUCCUCCUGGCAGCAACAAUGAGUUUAUUGUUCCGCCAUUCCAGAUUGUCGAAGGAGAGUUUGUUUGUGCUCAAGAGAAUCUCCUGGAGAUACAGGUGUUGUCAGAGGAGGAAAAUUUGGACAGUAGCGCGUGCAGAACGAAGUGCUUGGCCCAGCAGUGUCCUUACUACUGGGAAGGUGAAGUCAUGUCCUCCAAGCAGUGCCGAAUUUAUCGUGCAUGCGACGAGCUUGUAAGAGAGCUUGGGACAGUUGGCAGCCUGUACGGUAUGAGCUAUAGGAAGUCGUGUCGGAUUGCGGAUCCGCAGAUGUGCUGGCACGUCACAAAGCGCCGGUCCUUUCUGGGUGCUGGCCCUGACACAUAUAGCUGUCUCUUUCAGGACUUGAUUCAGCAAUGUGACCACAAGCUCAUGUUGGGUGGAAUGGGCGUCGGUGUUUGUGGCACAUGCACAUAUGCACCAGUUCAAGGGCGCAGAAUCUACGCCUCCAAUGGAGAGUGUGUGGACUAUGAUCCUGGAAAUCAGAACGUGAAAGUACAUCCUUGUCAUUUAGACAAGAACCAGAAGUGGUAUUUUGAUGGAGAGCUCCUGAAGACCGACUACAGCGACUCCUGCAUGGACUACAAUCCGAGUACUGGAGAAGUCUACAUGCAUUCUUGCCAUGGCGCUCAAAAUCAACUCUGGUACUUCGACGGCGCUCUUCUGAGAAGUAGAUGGGACAACAAGUGCUUAGACUUUCAGCCAAUGUCCAAAAAUAUUUACUUGGGCAACUGCCCUGGCAGCAACACUCAACACUGGACUUGGAUACAGGCGGUACACGGUGGGCAACGACUUCAUACGGACCACGACCAUGGUAGAUGCCUCCGCAAAGAGUCUGAUGGGAAUUUGAAGAUGGCAACCUGUGACGUGUCCAUGGAGAGCCGUUUUUAUUUUUCAGGUGAAGAGUUGAAAUCAGAAUCGGAUGGUGGACAAUGUGUGGAUUACCACCCGACUGUGAGCAACAUGUACAUGCACAGCUGUCACAGCGGCAACAACCAGAAGUACUACUGGGACGGGCAAUACUUGAAGAGCAGGCACGAUGACCGAUGUGUGGAUUGGAGCCCACACACUGGUAACGUGUACAUGGGCAACUGUCCCAAUUCCCCAUCUAGGAGGUGGAGUAUGCACGACAUCCCAGCGCCGCUACCUCACGCCAUGAUCUCGAACAUGCACGACGGCUUGUGUUGGGAUCAAAACUUGGACGGCACAAAGAAUGUGUAUUUGCACAGCUGCGCAGAUGGUUCAAAUCAGAGAUGGUAUUUUGACGGAGAACAGAUCAAGCUUGAACUUUCUGGUGAAUGCUUGGACGAAACUGGCGAUGGCAGCGGCAACUUGUACGUCCACCCAUGCCACAACGGGGACAAUCAGCGUUUCUACUGGGAUGGCCAUCGCCUGCACAAUCGCAAGUGGGGGUCAGCUAAAUGUGUGGACUACAAUGCUGGCGACGGCAAGAACCUUUACAUGUACCAGUGCCACAGCGGUGCAAAUCAGCACUUCAACUGGAAGAUUGCGCUGCGAAUAAAGAGCAGAAAGGAUCCUUCGAUGUGUUUGGACAUGAACCCUGCAACCAAUCAUGUCCAGAUGCACACUUGUCAUCAUCAUAAGAACCAGUUGUUCUGGUUUGACGGGGCUGUUUUGAAAACGGACUACGACCACAGCCUGUGUCUGGACUAUCACCCCAGCACUUCAGAUUUAUACUUUCAUGCUUGCCAUAGUGGCGACAAUCAAAAAUUUGUAUGGUCUGGUGAGCAGAUAAAGGUAGUACACGACAUGUCCAAAUGUUGGUACUGGCAGUCCAGUGACAACAACGUUUUCGGUGCUGACUGCUCUUCUAAUGACGACCAAAAGUUCUUUUUCGAUACGCCAUAUCACAAGGGGAAGAGGUUGCAAUCUGAAGCAAGUUCUGAUUGCAUGGAUGCACACAGUGGAAACGCCUACACUGUAGGUUGUCAUGAUGGCAGCUGGCAGCGAUGGUAUUUUGAGGGCGAGCAGAUAAAAGUGGAGGGAAAUGCCAACAAGUGCUUGGAUUACAACCUGGGAGCAGGACAGACUGAAAACGGCAAUGUCUAUCUACAUGACUGCCACUCAGGAUCAAACCAGAAAUGGUACUGGGAUGGAAAGCUCCUGAAGAGCAGGAAUGACAAUCGGUGCUUGGACGUGAACCCUGGUGACAACAAUGUCUUUGUUGGUAGUUGCCCAAACGACAACACACAGCAUUGGACUCAUAGAAGCGACUUGCACAACAGUAGGCAGUUGACAGUCGGCGGUGGCAAGUGUUUGCAAGAUACUGGAAGCAACGUCGAAGCGACGGGAUGUGGGAACACAGCUGGCCUCAUGUGGUACUUCGAUGGUGAGCUGCUGAAAACAGAAGCCAACAACAAAUGUUUGGACGUCAACAUGGGCGAUGGCAAUCUCUACAUGCACAACUGUCACAGUGGAAGCAACCAGAAGUUCUAUUUCGAUGGGAACCUUAUCAAGACGCGCCAGGAGGACCUGUGCCUGGACUACCAAGUCAUCAGUGGAAAUGUGUAUGCUGGCAGUUGUCCACACCAUCAGAUGUCCCAGUAUCAGAUGGAAAGUGGUGCUAUGCUGAACAAGCACCCGUUGCCAGAGGAGUUUGCGCAUGGUCAAAGUCUCCGCGUUGCUUGCUGGUCGGAACGCUUUAAGUCUCCACAGACUGAAACACUGUCGUGUGUGGCUGGCCGCUGGGUAAAUUCUCGCGGCAAAAGAGGUUUGGACGGCUUCAGUUGUGCAGCUUGCGUCCAGGUCGUGACUCCUAAGUAUGCGGCUUUUGAUGCCCAGAUACGACAGGAGCUCUUCUUCGUCAGUGGCUUGCAGUUGCAGUUGACUGUGGACACACGCACACCCCAAUCCGUGACCGCCAACGGCAAUUUGCGCGCAGGCGGCAACAAAGAUAUUUUCGUUGCGGAACUCUUGCCUGACGCUGAAGAGACCUUGAGACGUUACCGUUCCAUCACCACUGCAGGCAAGCACAGAUACGGAUUUGGGAUAUUUCUUGAUGGCCGUGAUUGGAUUUGUGAGCGGGAGUUUUUCAACUUGUCACAAGCUGUAGGCAGCAAAUUUGUUUGCUGA